AUGCGUGCAUCCGGCACCAUAUUGACCUGUCAAAAUACUAACUCUUCCAGAUUUCCUCGACUACUGGGCCCCUUCAAGCACUUUGUACAUACUAGAACCCCGCAUAUUACAUUAUUGCGUGCACAUCGCUGUUUGAGCAUCCAACAGAACAAUCACGCCCCUAAAUCUCGAGCCAAAUUCAUAGGUCAACUCGGGAAUCUCUUUAAUCAAGCCUAUAAUUCUAUUCAGAAACUCGCCAUGCCUCAGUCAUUUCCUGAUUGCAGCGAGCUCCAUUCGGGCUUACCUCCUCAUUUUAUAGGGUUGAAUACUGUCCAGGACGCAGAGCCUGGUGCAGUUACUGACUUUGUUAAGAGUCACCAAGGUCACACAGUCAUUUCCAAAGUUUUGAUUGCCAAUAACGGUAUUGCCGCUGUCAAGGAAAUCAGAUCCGUCAGAAAAUGGGCUUACGAGACCUUUGGCGACGAAAGAGCCAUCCAAUUUACCGUGAUGGCCACCCCAGAAGACAUGGCUGCAAACGCGGAAUACAUCCGUAUGGCUGACCAGUGUGUCGAAGUUCCAGGUGGUACUAACAACAACAACUACGCUAAUGUUGAAUUGAUUGUUGAAAUCGCAGAAAGAACAAAGGUCCACGCUGUCUGGGCCGGUUGGGGUCAUGCCUCAGAAAAUCCAUUAUUGCCUGAAAUGUUGGCUGCUUCCCCAAGAAGAAUCAUCUUUAUUGGUCCUCCUGGUUCUGCCAUGAGAUCUUUGGGUGACAAGAUUUCCUCCACGAUUGUCGCUCAACACGCUAAAGUUCCAUGUAUUCCAUGGUCUGGUACUGGUGUGGAUGAGGUGCAAGUGGAUGAAGCUACCAACUUGGUUUCCGUUUCCGACGAGGUUUAUGCCAAGGGCUGUUGUACCAGUCCUGAGGACGGCUUGGAAAAAGCGAGAAUAAUCGGCUUUCCUGUCAUGAUCAAGGCUUCUGAAGGUGGUGGUGGUAAAGGUAUUAGAAAAGUCGACGAUGAGAAGGACUUCAUCUCCUUGUAUAAACAAGCCGCUAAUGAAAUUCCUGGAUCGCCAAUUUUUAUUAUGAAGUUGGCUGGUGACGCCAGACACUUGGAAGUGCAAUUGUUGGCUGAUCAGUAUGGUACGAAUAUUUCUUUGUUUGGCAGAGACUGUUCGGUUCAAAGAAGACACCAGAAGAUCAUUGAAGAAGCCCCUGUUACCAUCGCUAAUAAGGACACUUUCCAUGCCAUGGAGAAUGCUGCUGUUAGAUUAGGUAAAUUGGUUGGAUACGUCUCAGCAGGUACUGUUGAAUACUUGUACUCUCACGCUGAAGAUAAAUUCUACUUUUUGGAAUUGAACCCAAGAUUGCAGGUUGAGCAUCCAACAACAGAAAUGGUUACUGGUGUCAACUUGCCCGCAGCCCAGUUGCAGAUUGCCAUGGGUAUUCCUAUGCACAGGAUUAGAGACAUUCGUACCUUGUACGGUGUUGACCCACACACCUCCACUGAGAUUGAUUUUGAGUUCAAGAACGAAAAGUCCUUAUCGACUCAACGCCGUCCAACACCAAAGGGCCACUGCACUGCUUGUCGUAUCACUUCUGAAGAUCCUGGUGAAGGUUUCAAACCUUCUGGUGGUAACUUGCACGAAUUGAACUUCCGGUCGUCGUCUAACGUCUGGGGUUACUUCUCUGUGAGUAAUCAAUCUUCGAUCCAUUCUUUCUCGGACUCGCAAUUCGGCCACAUUUUUGCCUUCGGUGAAAAUCGUCAAGCUUCCAGAAAGCACAUGGUUGUUGCAUUGAAAGAGUUAUCCAUUAGAGGUGACUUCAGAACUACAGUCGAGUAUUUGAUCAAGUUAUUGGAGACCCCAGAUUUCGAAGACAACACAAUCACUACGGGCUGGUUGGACGAGUUGAUUUCCAAAAAAUUGACCGCUGAGAGACCUGACCCCAUCCUCGCUGUCUUGUGUGGUGCUGCCACCAAAGCGUACAUCGCUUCCCAAGAAGACAGGGCCGAGUAUGUUUCGUCUUUGGAAAGAGGUCAAGUUCCAAACAAAUCUUUGCUAAGAACCAUUUUCCCUAUUGAGUUCAUUUAUGAGGGCCACAAAUACAAGUUUACUGCUACCAUGUCUGCUGAUGAUACCUACACUUUGUUCUUGAAUGGUACAAGAGCAGUUGUGAGCGUUCGUUCUUUGUCUGACGGCGGUUUAUUGUGUGCAAUUGGUGGUAAGUCGCACUCUAUUUACUGGAAGGAAGAGCCAUCUGCUACCAGAUUGUCUGUUGAUGGUAAGACUUGUUUGUUGGAGGCAGAAAACGACCCAACUCAAUUGAGAACUCCUUCUCCAGGUAAAUUGGUGAAGUACGUUGUUGAGAGUGGUGAACACGUUAUCGCUGGUCAACCAUACGCCGAGGUGGAAGUCAUGAAGAUGUGUAUGCCUUUGAUUGCUCAGGAGAAUGGUGUUGUGCAAACAAUCAAACAACCAGGAUCAACAGUCAAUGCAGGUGAUAUCUUGGCUAUUUUGGCCUUGGAUGACCCAUCGAAGGUGAAACACGCUUUACCCUUUGAAGGUACUCUUCCAGAAAUGGGAGAGCCUUCUGUCCAAGGUUCUAAGCCAGUUCACAAGUUCCAGCAGUAUGCUACCAUUUUGAGAAACAUCUUGGCUGGAUUUGAUAACCAAGUUAUCAUGAAUUCUACCUUGAAGAACAUUAUUGAGGUUUUGAGAGACCGUGAAUUGCCUUACUCUGAGUGGAACUUGUACGCGUCUGCUUUGCACUCUAGAUUGCCAGCUAAGUUGGAUGAGAGCUUAUCCACGUUGAUUGAAAGAUCUCAUUCGAGAGGUACAGAAUUCCCUGCCAAGCAAAUUUUGAAAUUGAUCAGCAAAGCUGAGAAAGAAUCUGGCGAUUCUUUGUUUGGUAGUAUCGUUGCUCCGUUGGUUGAUAUUGCCUCUAAAUACGCUAGUGGUUUGGUUGAACACGAAUUCAACUUCAUGGCAAGCUUACUCAAUGACUACUACAAUGUGGAGAAGUUGUUUUCUGGUUCCAACGUUCGUGAGGAAGAUGUCGUCUUGAGACUCAGAGAUGAGAACAAGACAGACUUGAACAAGGUUUUGCUGAUUGUUUUGUCUCACUCGAGAGUUUCCUCUAAGAACAACUUGGUCUUAGCUAUUGCUGAAGCUUACCAACCAAUCUUGCAACAAUCUGCUACCAUUGCAUCUUCCAUCAGAGAUGCAUUGAGAAACAUUGUCGAGCUUGAGUCUAGAGGAUCGGCCAAGGUUGCUUUGAAGGCUAGAGAAAUUUUGAUUCAAUGUUCUUUGCCAUCGAUCAAAGAAAGAUCAGACCAAUUAGAGCACAUCUUAAGAUCUGCCGUGUUGCAAACGUCGUACGGUGAAGUGUACGCAAAGUACAGAAGUCCAAACUUUGACAUCAUUCGUGAAGUCGUCGACUCCAAACACACUGUAUUUGACGUUUUGCUUCAAUUUUUGACAAAUCAGGAUGUAUGGGUUGCAAUGGCAGCAGCUGAGGUUUAUGUUCGUCGUUCUUACAGAGCCUAUUCUUUGGGUCCUAUCACUUACGAUUUCCAAGAACAAGAGAAAUUGCCAAUUAUUCAAUGGCAGUUCCAAUUACCAUCUCUCGCUACUUCUUCUAAUUUCCAAAACUUUAAAAAGGAAGAAUCAACAUCUAUGAAUCGAGCAGCUUCUAUUUCUGACUUGUCAUUCGUUGUGGACAGUAAGACUGGCCAAAAGACCAGAACCGGUAUUUUGGUCCCAGUUAGACACAUUGAUGACAUGGAUGAAAUGUUACUUGCUGGUCUCGAAAAGAUUAACCCAUCUGAUGCUAUCACUUUCAAGACUGGUACUACCGAACCAGAAUAUUUCAAUGUGGUGAAUGUUGUUGUCAGCAGCAUCGACGGUAUCGAGUCAGAAGACGAAGUUUUGCAGAAAAUCCAGGAAACACUUGACGACAACAAGGACGAAUUAAAGAACGCUGGUGUUCGUCGUAUUACCUUUGUUUUUGCGAACAAUGUUGGAACGUACCCUAAGUACUACACAUUCACUGCUCCAGAUUACCUUGAGAAUAAGGUUAUCAGACACAUUGAGCCCGCCUUAGCUUUCCAAUUGGAGUUGGGAAGAUUGGAGAACUUUGACAUCAAGCCAAUUUUCACCGACAACAGAAACAUCCAUGUUUACGAGGCUGUCGGGAAGAACUCUCCAUCAGACAAGAGAUUCUUCACUAGAGGUAUUAUUAGAACUGGUGUUAUCAACGAAGACAUUAGUAUUAGUGAAUACUUGAUCUCCGAAUCGAACCGUUUGAUGUCUGACAUUUUGGAUGCAUUGGAAGUCAUCGACACGUCUAACUCAGACUUGAACCACAUCUUCAUCAACUUUUCUGCUGUUUUCAAUGUCUUGCCUCAAGAAGUUGAAGCUGCUUUCGGAUCUUUCUUGGAAAGAUUUGGCAGAAGAUUGUGGAGAUUGAGAGUGACUGGCGCUGAAAUUCGUAUAUCUUGCAUUGAUUCUGCCACUGGUCAACCUUUCCCAUUGCGUGCUAUCAUUAGUAACGUUUCUGGUUAUGUCGUGAAGUCUGAGUUGUAUAUGGAGAUUAAGAACACUAAGGGUGACUGGGUGUUCAAAUCCAUUGGUGCUCCAGGUUCUAUGCACUUGAGACCAAUUUCUACUCCCUACCCCGCAAAAGAGUCAUUGCAACCUAAACGUUAUAAAGCGCACAACAUGGGAACCACCUAUGUGUAUGACUUCCCUGAAUUGUUCCGCCAGGCCACUAUCAGUCAAUGGAAAAAACAUUCUAAGGAUGCCAAGGUGCCAAAGGACUUUUUCUCUUCUUCUGAGUUGAUCCAAGAUGAAAACGGAGGCUUGACCGCAGUCGAGAGAGAACCGGGGUCGAAUAAGAUUGGUAUGGUUGGUUUCCAAGUCACUGCUAAAACUCCCGAAUACCCUCGUGGUCGCCAGUUUAUCAUCGUUGCCAAUGAUAUUACGCAUAAGAUCGGUUCGUUCGGUCCUGAUGAAGAUGAGUACUUCAACAGAUGUACCGAAUUGGCAAGAAAAUUGGGAGUUCCAAGAAUUUAUCUUUCUGCCAAUUCUGGUGCUAGAAUUGGUAUUGCUGAGGAAUUGCUUCCUUACUACAAGGUUGCUUGGAAUGAGGAUGGCAAACCAGAAAAGGGUUUCAAAUACUUGUACUUGACCGCUGAUGCAUUACAUGCUCUUGAUGAGAAUGGACAAGGUAAAAGUGUGGUUACCGAAAGAAUUGUUGAAAAUGGUGAGGAAAGACAUGUGAUCAAAUCCAUUAUCGGCGCUGAGAAUGGUUUGGGUGUUGAAUGUCUUAAGGGUUCCGGUUUGAUCGCCGGUGCUACUUCAAGAGCCUAUAAAGACAUCUUCACCAUCACUUUGGUAACUUGCAGAUCUGUUGGUAUUGGUGCUUACUUGGUUCGGUUGGGCCAAAGAGCCAUUCAAAUUGAAGGACAGCCUAUCAUCUUAACUGGUGCGCCCGCUAUUAACAAAUUGUUGGGCAGAGAAGUGUACUCUUCCAACUUGCAAUUGGGUGGUACUCAAAUUAUGUACAAGAACGGUGUGUCCCACUUGACAGCUAGCGAUGAUUUGGCUGGUGUUGAGAAAAUUAUGGAUUGGAUGUCGUACAUCCCAGCUAAGCGUGGUGCUCCAAUUCCAAUCUUGAACAGCGAAGACCCAUGGAAUAGAGAUAUUGACUAUGUUCCUCCAAAGAGUGAGCCUUAUGAUGUGAGAUGGAUGAUUGCUGGUCGUGAACAAGAAGAUGGAAGCUUCGAAUCUGGUUUGUUCGACAAGGACUCUUUCCAAGAAACCUUGUCUGGAUGGGCAAGAGGUGUUGUUGUUGGUAGAGCCCGUCUCGGUGGUAUUCCAAUCGGUGUGAUUGGAGUUGAAACAAGAACCGUCGAAAACUUGAUUCCUGCUGACCCAGCAAACCCAGACUCGACCGAAAUGAUGCUUCAAGAAGCUGGCCAGGUUUGGUACCCUAACUCUGCAUUCAAGACUGCUCAAGCUAUCAACGACUUCAACAAUGGUGAACAGUUGCCAUUGAUGAUCUUGGCUAAUUGGAGAGGUUUCUCUGGUGGCCAGCGUGACAUGUACAAUGAAGUUCUUAAGUACGGUUCUUUCAUUGUUGACGCUUUGGUUGACUUCAAACAACCAAUUUUCACUUACAUUCCUCCACAUGGUGAAUUGAGAGGUGGUUCUUGGGUCGUUGUCGAUCCAACAAUCAAUGCUGACAUGAUGGAAAUGUAUGCUGAUGUGGACUCUAGAGCCGGUGUCUUGGAGCCAGAGGGAAUGGUUGGUAUCAAAUACAGAAGAGACAAGUUGUUGGCUACCAUGGAGAGAUUGGACCCAACAUACGCGGAGUUGAAGAAGAAGUUGGCUGGUAAGUUGGACGCUGACGAAUACUCACAAGUUAGUGCCAAGUUGGUUGCUCGUGAGAAGGCUUUGUUGCCAAUUUACGCUCAAAUCUCUGUCCAGUAUGCUGACUUGCACGACAGAUCAGGCCGUAUGAUGGCCAAGGGUGUCAUUAGAAAGGAGAUUGAAUGGCGCCAUGCUAGACGCUUCUUCUUCUGGCGUUUGCGUCGUCGGUUGAACGAAGAGUACUUGUUGAAGAUGAUUGGCGAAGCAAUCAACAGCAAGUCUAAGUUGGAGAAGGUUGCAAGAUUGAAGAGUUGGAUGCCUACUGUUGACUAUGAAGACGACGAGGCUGUGUGCAACCAUAUUGAAAGCAAUCAUACUAAGUUGCAAGAAAGAAUCGAUGAAUUGAAGAGUGAAAAGAAACGCCAAGACUUAUACGGUCUUUUGAAGGGCGACUCGUCUUCUGCAGUGUCUGUGAUCAAGGAUUUCAUCUCAUCCUUACCUGAAGAAGAAAAGCAAAAAUUUGUUCAAUCUUUGUAA